AUGUACCAGAGCCUGGCCAUGGCGGCUAACCACGGCCCCCCUCCAGGGGCUUACGAGACCGGAGGGCCCGGAGCUUUCAUGCAUGGAGCUGGGGCCACCUCCUCCCCAGUCUACGUGCCCACUCCCCGAGUGCCGUCGUCCAUGCUAGGCCUGUCUUACCUGCAGGGCGGUGGAUCUGGGGCUGCUGGGGCCGGACCGGGAGGGAGUAGUUCUAGCAGCAGUGCGGGGGCAGCCGCGUCGGGGAGCGGGCCGUCCGCUCAGCAGGGCAGCCCGGCUUGGAGCCAGCCCGGGCCUGAGGGCGGCGCCUACACGCCCCCACCCGUGUCUCCCCGCUUCUCCUUCCCGGGAGCCACUGGUUCUCUGGCAGCGGCUGCAGCAGCCGCCGCAGCCAGAGAGGCAGCAGCCUAUGGUACCGGCGGGGCUGGGGGCGCAGCUGGUCUCGGAGGCCGCGAACAGUACGGACGUCCCAGCUUCGGGGGUACCUAUUCCAGUCCCUAUCCUGCCGCAGCCGCAGCAGCCUACAUGGCGGCUGCAGAUAUGGGAGCAUCUUGGGCCGCAGCCGCAGCAGCUUCCGCCGGACCUUUUGACGGGCCAGUACUGCACAGCUUGCCCGGCCGGGCCAACCCAGCUUCAAGACACCCCAAUCUAGUUGAUAUGUUUGAUGACUUCUCUGAAGGUAGAGAAUGUGUCAACUGUGGAGCAAUGUCUACUCCUCUCUGGAGGCGAGAUGGGACAGGUCACUACUUAUGCAAUGCUUGUGGACUCUACCACAAGAUGAAUGGCAUCAACCGGCCUCUUAUCAAGCCACAAAGACGUCUGUCUGCCUCCCGCCGGGUGGGGCUCUCCUGUGCAAAUUGCCAGACCACAACCACCACGCUAUGGCGCAGAAAUGCUGAAGGUGAACCUGUCUGUAAUGCUUGUGGCCUUUACAUGAAACUGCAUGGGGUCCCAAGGCCUCUUGCAAUGAGGAAAGAAGGGAUUCAAACAAGAAAACGGAAGCCUAAGAAUCUUAACAAAGCCAAGACAACAGCAGGUCCCUCAGGCAGUGAGAGUCUCACUCCCACCACCAGCACUGCCAGCAGCUCUAGUAAUACCACUAGCACCGAGGAAAUGCGUCCCAUCAAAACAGAGCCAGGGCUCUCCUCCCAUUAUGGACAUACCAGCCCCAUGUCUCAGUCAUUCUCAGUCAGCUCAAUGUCUGGCCAUGGGGCCUCCAUCCAUCCAGUUCUCUCAGCCCUGAAGAUCUCUCCUCAGGGCUACCCAUCUCCGGUCAGCCAGUCCUCACAGGCUGGCACCAAGCAGGACUCCUGGAAUAGCCUCGUCUUAGCUGAAAGUCACGGGGACAUCAUCACUGCAUAA